GAAGAAGAAGGGAAAAAAAACUUUGGCGCACAUCGACAUUUUCAAAGCCUGACGCAUUUUGGCCUCCUUAUACCGCAGAUUGCCUCCUAGUGCGACGAGAUUAGUUACGGAAACUAGCAUUGCUAGGUAGCUAUCCCCGUUUAGAGGCUUCGACCUUAUUUUCACCCAUAUUGUGACUGGAUAGACCAUAGUCUUAUUUACGACAUAUGCAGUCCUACUAGCAGGGGAAGAUGUUCAACAAGUCGUUUGGUGCUCCCUUUGGGGGAGGGACUGGAGGAUUUGGGACGUCAUCCACAUUUGGGCAACAAAACACUAGCUUUGGGGCGGCAACAGGUGGCUUCGGAGCCUCAGCGUUUGGGGCGGCCAACAACACUGGAGGACUCUUUGGGGCAACGCAGAAUAAACCAGUGGUGACAGCCAAUCCUCAGCAAAUCCACACUGGUGCAGGUAGAGGAGGUGGCCUAUUUGGUUCCAGUACCUUCAGCCAGCCUGUGACAUCAUCCACCAGUAGCGGCUUUGGCUUUGGUGCGCCCAGCGGCACCGCCACCAGCCUGUUCGGCAGCACCAGCACGGGCGGCGGCGGAGGACUCUUCUCCCAGCAGAGCAAUGCCUUCGGCGCCGCCAAGCCAGCCUCUUUUGGCACGUUCGGUACGAGCACGGCCAGCAGUGGGGGGCUGUUUGGGGCAACCAACUCCAACCCUUUCGGAGGGGCGUCUACCUCCCUGUUUGGAGCAUCAGGGUUUACCCAGCAGGCUGCCCAGCCAGGCACCACCGUCAAGUUCAACCCUCCAACAGGAAGUGAUACCAUGGUGAAAGGGGGUGUGACGACAAGCAUCAACACCAAGCACCAGUGCAUCACGGCCAUGAAGGAGUAUGAGAAUAAAUCACUGGAGGAGCUGAGGUUUGAGGACUACCAGGCAGGGAGGAAGGGACCCACUAACCCUAUGGCUGCACCAACAGGCGGUCUCUUUGGGCCUGCAGCCGCAGCCACCCCCAGUACGGGGACUACAGGGCUGUUUGGCUCCUCAGCCACUAACACAGGCUUCUCCUUCGGCCAGGCCAAAACCUCCUUCGGAACUAGUGCGGGUGGGUUUGGUGCAGCCACAGGCAGUCUGUUUGGGCAGCAGCAGCCCCAGCAGGUCCAGCAGGCAGUCAGCCUGUUCAAGCCCUUCGGCCAGGCCACGACCACCCCCAACACAGGCUUCUCCUUCGGCAGCACCAUGGGCCAGCCCCAACAAACCAGCACCAUGGGGGGUCUGUUUGGGGCCACGGCAGCGUCCCAGGCAGGGGGGUUGUUUGGAAACACCGCUCAGACUGCACCAGCUACGGGCUUUGGGACAGGCACCGGACUCUUUGGACAAACCAACACCGCGUUCGGCAACGUCGGCACACAGCAGGGCUUGUUUGGUAAUAAAACGGCAGGGUUUGGUGUCACCACCACCAGCGCCCCGUCGUUUGGCACGGGCACCGGCCUCUUCGGCAACAAACCUGCCCUCUCUCUCGGAACAGCUACCAACACAUCCAACUUUGGUUUUGGACCCACUGCUGCUGGUGGAAGCCUUUUUGGGAACAAGACUGCAGCAGGAGGACUAGGGACCGGGCUGGGAGCCAGCUUUGGAGCAGUAGGCACUGGUCAGAUGUCUCUGUUUGGGAAUAACAAGACCCUGGGUUCCACUCUGGGAACAAUGGGAGGUUUUGGAGUGCAGGGAUUCAGCACAGGAAACAGCACUCUGGGCUUCGGAGUGCCUCAACAGCCCGUUGCGGUGACGGACCCUAACGCGGUGGCGGCCCAGCAGGCAGUGCUGCAGCAGCAGAUCAAUGCUCUGGCCUACUCCCCCUUCGGAGACUCCCCCCUCUUCAGAAACCCCCUCUCUGAUCCCAAGAAGAAGGAGGAGCGUCUGAAGCCCACCAAUCCGGUGGCCCAGAAGGCGUUGACCACACCAACUCACUACAAACUGACACCGCGACCUGCGACACGUGUGCGGCCCAAAGCUCUGACAUCAUCGGGCUCCUCCAAUUCCCAGCUGUUUGAUGGGUUGGAUGACGACGAGCCUUCUCUCACCAACGGUGCCUUCAUGCCCAGGAAGAGCAUCAAGAAGCUGGUGCUGAAGAACCUGAAUGGCAGCAGCCUGUACAGCAGCCCAAUCAACAGAGACUCCGACGACCUGUCUUCUCCACCAGAGUACCCCCUCAACGGACUCGGUGCCAGUGUGGACGAGGAUGAUGUGAGGGAGGUGGUGGAGGGAGGAUGCGAGAACGACCUGGAGAUCAAGUUCUACACCAAGCCCAACCUACAGGACACCAUCUCAGAGCUCAAUGCCCAUAGGAUGGGGGCUGGGGGCAGGAACGGGCUUGAGGUGAGCAGCGAGGACAUAUCGCUGGGAGAUGACUCCAUACAGGAGGAGCGAGUGGAGGGCCCCCCCCACCCUGCAGGUAUCGUUCUGGGCCGUGUGGGCUACUACACCAUCCCUGCCAUGGACGAGCUGGCCAAAAUGGUGGACGAAAACGGGGUGUGUGUGGUGGAAAACUUCACCGUGGGCAGAAAAGGUUACGGCUCUGUGUUCUUCCAUGGUGAGGUGAACGUGACUGGGCUGAACCUGGAUGAGAUUGUCCACUUCAGACGUAAAGAGGUCAUCGUCUACCUUGACGACAAGAACAAGCCCGCUGAGGGGGAGGGGCUCAACAGGCGAGCAGAGGUGACUCUGGAUGGGGUGUGGCCUAAUGAUAAGACCACCUGUACUCAAAUAAAGAGCCCUGAGCGUCUGUCUGAGAUGAACUACGAGGGCCGCCUGGAGAAUGCCUCACGCAAACAGGGCGCCCGCUUCCUCGAGUACCGCUCCGAGACGGGGUCCUGGGUGUUUGAGGUGGCCCAUUUCUCUAAGUACGGCCUGCAGGACUCUGACGAGGAUGAGGAAGUCCCUCUCAAAUUGGACCCCAAGAAGCUGAAGACUGCAACAAGACUUCCACCAGGGCUGCUGCAGCUGCCUCCCUCCCAGCAGCAGGUGGCACCACAGGCUCAGUCCACAGCAGUGCUGGAGCUGCUGAAUUGCAUGUUGGAGGUGGACAGUGAUAUGGCCGACAUUACCCAGGAUGCCCCAGAGGAGAGCAUGUUGGGGGAGAAGGGAAGUCGGCUGGGGAAUGUGACCCCUUCGGAACACGACUCUGUCUCAGCGUCCAGUCAGAUCGCCUCCUCGCUGGGGAUCAACCCUCACACACUACAGAUUAUGAAGGCAUCCCUGUUUGCUGAGGCCGAUGAUGGUGACAUGUUCCAGGAGCAGGGAGGGAUGACAAGUUCUCUAGAUGUGGCCUCUCCUCGCAUCCACCUGCCUGGCACGCAGGGCAGGCCCUCCAUCGGUGGUCUCCUGCAGACUCGUUUCAGCGGUGCCGGUCUCUUUCAGCACCCUGACGUGCCCUUCGGUGGGGGCCUUCCCGACAGGCUGUCCAUGUCUCGGGUGUCGCCGGCGGUGCCUGAGCCUUCGCGGGUCUCCCCCUGGCCCUCUUUGCUAGCCCCUCCGGCCAAGUCCACUGUACGGACAGUAGGGGCUCGGCAGCUGGGGGGACCUGUGGACCCAGAGAACUCAGUCACACUGGGGAAGGGCCGGCUUCUGAUGGAUGCGGCUUUGUUCACGGGCCGGUCAUUUCGGGUGGGCUGGGGUCCUGGCUGGACUCUGGUCCACUGUGGAGACGGGCUAAGUGGGGCCGGGGACAAGGAGCAGGACCACGGAGACACAGGAGCUGCAGGCUUUGGAUUCCUGUCCAAACCUGCCAAGAGUAGACUACUGUCAGACAGUCCAUUCAAGGUGGUGAUUGAGCAGGUGGUUGGUCUGGAGCCGCGGAACAUUGAAAAGAGCCAAGCGGUGUACCAGCGGCCCCUGGAGAUCAGCCUGAAGCACAGCAGCAUCAGUACAGAGGGGGCCUGCCCCUUCAUCCAGCCCCAGAGCGGUGUGGCCGCCCUGCACGAGUACGCAGAGUGGAUUACUGACCUCAACCAGGAGGCUGGUGCUGGAGAUGCAGUCCUGGGUCACUGGGCUCAGGUGUGGACUCUGUGUGAGGCCCUGUGGGGCCGACGGUGUUCGGCAGGGCCUGGUACCAGUGGCUACCUGCAGCAGAUGGAGAGGAGAAGGAGCUUCUCAGCCUGGCUGUCCCACAGUGCCACCCAGAGGAUCGAGCAGGAAGUGAGCCUGAACCAGGGGGGAGGAAACGUGGAGGCCAUCUUUAGCUACCUGACAGGACACCGGAUCAGUGACGCCUGCAGGCUGGCUCAGAAGAGUGGGGACCACCGUCUCUCCCUGCUGCUGUCCCAGGCGGUGGGAUCUCAGUACGGCCGGGAGCUGCUGGCACUGCAGCUUGGAGACUGGAACAGGAUGCAGACAGACUCUUUCCUGCUGGAGGAGAGGUUACGGAUCUUUGCCCUUCUCGCUGGGAAACCUGUGUGGCAGUCUACAGACUGUGUGGUGAAUGUGUGUUCAGAACUGGACUGGAAGCGUUGUAUGGCUGUCCACCUGUGGUACAUGCUGCCUCCUACCGCCUCCAUUGCUGAAGCCCUGGUGAAGUACGAGGCUGCCUUCCAGGGCUCUGCCAAGGGUCAGAAGUAUGCCUGCGCCCCCCUUCCCCCCUACCUCGACCAAUCAGACCAGCUGGACAUGGAGGAGGAUGAUUCUAAACAGCCGCUUUAUGAUAUCUGCUUCUACCUCCUCAAACUCUACAGUGACAGACACUACAGCCUGCAGCAGUUGUUGGACCCCCUGGCGGUGACGUGGGAUCGUCUUGACUACCGUCUGAACUGGCACCUGUGGUCGGUCCUGCAGGCGCUGCACUACACACACCUCAGCCUGGCCCGACAGGGCCUCAUACACACCAGCUAUGCUGCCCAACUGGAGAGUGCUGGCCUCUGGGACAUGGCCAUCUACGUACUGCUGCACAUACCUGACAACACGCUGCGUGAGCGGGCGGUGAGGGAGAUGCUGCAGCUGCACUGCCCCCUGCUGGAGACGGAGGAGUCUGCCAAGAAAGAGCACUUUCUCACAGAGAGACUACUGAUCCCAGAACAGUGGCUCAACCAGGCCAAAGCUACCAGAGCCAGAAGAGACACAGACAGACACGGAGAGGCCCUUCACCUGUACAGAGCAGGACACUGGAACCUCUGCCACAGUCUGGUCAUACAGCACCUUGCCUCAGAUUGCAUCAUUAAUGAUAAUCAUGAGUACCUCUUGAAGUUCCUGGAGGGGCUUGCAGUUCCUGAGCGCAGUGCUGUGAUCCAGGACUGGGAUACGGCGGGCAGAGUCUACCUGGACUACAUCAGAGUCGUACAGACCCUACAUGCCAUACAACAGAUGGACAGUACUGGUAAUGAGCUGGAGUGUCUACACACUGAGGUGAGGUCACUCUGCAGCAGGAUAGAGUUCCUCCCUUGCUCCACCGCCAAGGACCGCCUCGCCCAAUCAGAGAUGGCCAAGUGUGUGGCUAACAUCCUGCGUGUGGUGUUGAGUCUGCAGCAGGGUGGUGAGGGUGGCGAGAUCCCCUUGUCCCAGCUUGCGUCCAACAUCGGCCAUCUGCCCAUGCCCGAGGACUAUGCUCUCGAGGAGCUCCGCAGUCUCACCCAAUCAUAUCUGAGACAGCUCAUUGUCAGCUAAUGAUCUGCCCCCUGCCCAAUAGCAACUGAGGAAGUUUGUUGGAAGCCAAUGAGAACAGUGGGGGUAGGGGGGGGACUAUCUGGGACAGUUUAGUAGAACUACAGGGGUUUGGUUGAGACUGCAGCGACGAACUUGAUGUGUGCUCCUUUGGGACUUUGGUUUCUCCUGAAGAAAAUGGCACAGUAUUAUUGGAUGAAGCAUUCCUCAGUGUGUGGAAAUGAAUGACUUGCAAGUUUUUGUUUUUGUAUAGCUCUGUUGUACUUAGUUUGUGUAAGAUGUGUUUAAAAAUGGAACUGCUGAACCCUCAUAAUUCUCAUCUUUCCCAGCGUUUGACCCUGUUUAAAGGGACAAUCUCAUUGGCUAGUGUGUGUACCGCCAGUAUAAAUGCUUUCUGCAAACUGUUUGACUUGUUUUACAUCAACGUGGAAACUUAAAGGUCAUUAUAGUAAGAUUUGUUGGGAGCUGUCAGGGAUGAACUGUCUAUGUGUAUGCAUAGGGAAGAUCUAUCGCUGAAAAUGGACAAGACUCAUGUAAUAUUGUACAAAUAGCAGGCUUGAAAUGAACAAUUCUUGUUUUUGGAUACCAAAAGACAUAGAAAAUGUCCAAUAAGAUUGGAUAAACUUAUAUUUUUGUAUUUUUUGUUGUUGUAUGUUGUCUGAAACCCAGAAUAUGUCUGUAGUGUAUUGGAAUGGAAUGGAAUCUAACUAGCACUUCAUCACAUAUGUUUCAGAUUACUAUUUUAUGGGGGACUACCAGAGCUGGUUUUUGUAAUCAGUGAUCCAACAAUAGUUUGUUUUUAAUGAGCCAAUCCAUUUUCUCUGGUCUUUGCAAGGAGUUUGAAGGAUAUUUUAAAUAUUAUUUACAAGUCCUUGGUGUUACCACCCUCCAUUCUUUGUUCCCCUUUCUCUCUAGUUUUCUGUAUUUAGAUUUUUCAAGAGAAAUGUACUUAUUGAUUGUUGUGCUGCUGCUGCAGUAUAUUUUGGGUGGGAGACCGCUCCCCUCGUGCACAGUGCCUUUUACGAGGAGGGUCUCCGGACUUCUGUUGCUGCCGUUGCUUUGUGCACGAUUGUGAUGGUGAUAACAUUUUUAUUAGUCUGAAUAAAAUGCAUUCUAUUUUCUCCUGAA